GUUCUUUUAUGUUAUAGCAGUAUUUUAUAUAAAAAAUAAAGAAAAUUAGAUGUCUUAGUAUAUAUGAGGUAUAUUUACAUAGUAACGAUGCCAUUGAUAAUUAAAGUAAUAUUUGGAUGCAUAAACACUUUGACCUCAUUCCUCGCUCUCCGUUAUUGAUGACGUGCACGUGGACCUUUGCGCCAGCAGGGGGCGCCCUGAGCCCAACUGAACAUGGGCGGUGAGUCUCGUCUUUUUUCCUCUCCUCCCAGGUUCCCAGCGAUCCUGCAGAUCCUCCUCCUCACCGCUGCUGGACUUGGACGCGUCCCUGUUUCUCCUUCUUUCACACCAUCAGCAUCCCGCUGCCAACGUUUGUCCGGCGGAUCACCUGCGUGUAACCGGACAAAGAUUUCAGAUGUCACAGGAUCCACAAGAAACUGCUUGGUCCCUGGAAAGAAAUGUGAAACUCCGAUCGAGGCUCCUGCGGUGCUAUUGAGCUUCCUGGAUGGGGACGCAGACGUCUUGGUAAAUGAUGCCAUGGAUGAUUGAUUUUUAAAGUGCUCUUGAGGGCACCGUUACCCGGAGCUGCUUCCAAAAUGUGUGAGCGAGAAGGUUCCUUCCCCGAGGGGGAGUUGGGCAACAACAACCAGCAGGGCGGAGCGCCGCCCGACGGGGAUGCCAACGCCAAUGAAAUCCAGGCAGGGGGGACGGUGGGAGACACGGGCGCCUUGUGUGGGCGGGAGGCCGACACCGCGGAGCAGGACAGGGUCGUGAUCUGGGGCACGGACUCCCAGUGCGACGACCCAGAGCUGGCCGAGUUUGAGAUGCUCGAGUGCCAGGAGCUGGAGGCGUACCUGGUGGAGGAGGGGGAGGACUUCGUGGGGCUAACAGACCGGAAAGACCUCCAAGCGCAGACCUCACCCCGCACCAGAGCCACAGAGCAGCGGGCGGUGCUUAAUCAGAACAUGGAGGAGAGGAGGUCCGUCCUGCAGCGCGCCGGUGAGCACGAGAUCAGCGAGGGCAAAGACAUCUCCAGGACCGAGCUGAGUUCUGCCACAGAUGUCUUUGUAUCCUGUCUGUCCACUAUUUCAAGCAGGACCCAGACUACGGACUCUUGGCACAUGGCCUCUGGUCCAUACUCCACCAUCUCUGAGGACCUGACUCUGGCGUCCCACACCUGCAGCACUGUCCCAGAGGCAGCAAAGGUCCCUCCACCAGCCCGUCGCCCUUCCUCAUCGCCUCAAAAAAGCACAAUAGUCCAAAAGCACCUGGACGUGAAUUUGAAUUCCACAGUCAUUCCAUGCAAGGACGUCACUGAUGAGCACAAGAGCAACAAUAACCGGGAGAAAAACGCAGGGAACGCCGUUCCCGAGAGGGAGCGAGGAAUCACCGAGCACAAGGUUUCGCCCACAGCAAAGAAAGCGCAAGAAGAAAGAAACACUGCGAUGGAUAAAAGCACACAGGCUGACGUGGACUACCGGGCGCCUAACGCAGGUACAAAGGGGAAUCUGGCAUCAGCUGAGCCCAAAGCCUUCAAGAAACAGGGAUCCUUUGAUAACGCCUUGAUGAAGCAAAACUCUUUCGACAAGACUUUAAAGAAGCAGCCGUCGUUUGAAAACACUUUAAAGAAGCAGCUCUCUUUUGAUAGAACCUUGAAAAAGCAGGGCUCCUUCGAGAACACGGUCACCUCCAGCUCCUCAAGUCUGGAGAGGAGGCGGCCAUGGGGAAGCCCCAGUCGGGCCCCGGUUCCGUCCUCGGCCUCGGGGUCCCCCCGGAGACGGCCCCCGGGUUCUCCAGCCAAGGUCCAGGGCAUCAGGGCGCUGAGCCUGGAGCGCAGCGGGCCAGCGGCCAAGCCGGCGAGUGGCAUCCCCAAACCGGUCCUGCCCCCGCAGAAAGAGCCAGAACCCCGGAGGACGUCGCCUCCACACAAACCCAAAAACGUCCGGCCCAAAAUCAUCACCUACGUCCGGAAGACCCAUCCGGAGGCCUCGAACGACGCCGGCACCCACCCGCUCAGAUCGACCUCCUACUGCAGCCCGGCGCCUCCCAGGAGCCAAGACCCAAAGGCUGCUCCUCCAGCCAAGUCCACGCCGGUGCUGUGUUCCUCCAACCUGCUGUUCGACAGGUACCGGCAGGAGCUGCAGCGGGCGGGACACCCUCCUCCCAGCACUGCGGCGGGCAGCGGCGCCCCCCAGAGGCUGAGCGGGCGGUCCGACAGCUUUCACGAGGGAGAGCACCAAGGGUCCGCCGUGCACCCAUCACCCAGGACUCUGAGGCCGCAGCUCGGGUUGGGGGCCGUGGCACGGCAGCCUGCGGCCAGGACAAGAGUUCAGCAGCCGGGUCAAAGGUCGGCGCCGGCGGCCCGAGUGUCGGUCCAGGGCCAGCGGGACGCUGCAGGAGAUCAGAGGAGCUCAGGUCCAGAAGUUCCCGCAAAGAGCCUCCUGGCCAAACCGGGCCAGACGGGUCUCCGCCCCCCGGGUUUCUCCGCCCUGUCAGGGGCCCGUCUGGCUGCUUUGGGCUUCGUCCGGAGCUCCAGCGCAUCCUCGGUGUCGAGCAACCAGUCCAGUGACGGCGCUGAGCCCUUCCAGUCUCUGAGGAGGGAGAUGCAGAGGGAUACAGACCCUGUGCCACCUUCAAAGUCCUCCCCCAAGCGACUUGCCGUGGUUCCACCCAAGCCUCAGUCCCCUGUUCACGCGAGGACGGUGCACCGCCAGCCCGGCCGGUCCCAGGAGCUGGACCGUGCGCUGAUCCAGCAGCUGCGGGAUCGCUGCGAGCAGCAGGCCGUGCAGCUGCAGAGCCUGCAGGCCCAGCUGAAGAAGGCUUUCCUGUGCAUGGACGUCUUCAGCAUCACUACCCAGCACUUCUGUCUCAAGAGUGAGAGUGCCAUUGUGAAGGAGAGGGAACUGUCCCUGGAGCUCGCCAGAAUCAGGGAUGAAGUGGCUGUCAGUGUCGCACACUGGGAGCAACUGCAGCAGGAGAAGGAGGAGCUGGAGCGCGGCUUCCAGGCGGAGCUGCUGGGACUGCGUGCUCGGCAGCGGGGGGAGCUGGAGGAGCUGGAGGAGCGGCUGAAGGCGCAGCACGCGGCCCACGCCGCCGGCCUGCGGGCGCAGCGGCGCGCGGAGCUGGAGGAGCUGCGGGUCCGACAGCAGCGGCAGAUUCAGGAGAUGAGCGAGAGCCACGAGGCGUCGCUGAUGGAGAUGGAGGCGACUCACGGUGACACGCUGGCCACUCUGCAGGAAGAGCAGGCCAGGACUGUGAAAAAUUUAAAGAUGGCCCACGAACAGCAGAGGAAGUCUCUGGAAGAGGAGUUUGAGAAGAUCCGGCUGUCCCUCCAGGACCAGGUGGACACGCUGACCUUCCAGAACCGCAGCCUCCGGGACCGAGCCAAGCGCUUCGAGGAGGCUCUGCGCAGGAGCACGGACGAGCAGAUCGUGGACGCGCUGGCGCCGUACAAACACAUCGAGGAGGACCUCAAGAGUCUGAAGGAGGUUCUGGAGAUGAAAAACCAGCAAAUUCACCAACAGGAGCUCAAGAUUUCAGAGCUGGAGAAAAUACAGGCUGAAAAGAACGUGUACCUGGAGGAGAGAGUACAAAUAUUACAGCAGCAAAACGAAGACCUGAAGGCGCGAAUAGACAAGAACCUGGCUGUGUCCAGACAACUGUCGGAGGAGAACGCCAACCUGCAGGUGCACGUGGAGAAGGAGAGCAACGAGAAGAAGCGGCUGAGUCGCACCAACGAGGAGCUGCUGUGGCGGCUCCAGACGGGCGAGCUGAGCCCUCGGAUGUCCCCCAGCUCGUCCCCCGUCCACCGGCCCUCGUCUGGGCCGGGCUCUCCUGCCCGCCCGCACUCCUACCAUCAAUGACACGCUCCACUCAAGUCGUGUGGCAUCAGAAGCCCUGUUUUUUUUUCCUUUUUUUUUACCUGUUGAAUGUUUCUCUGGUUACGAUUUUAAAGCAUACCGAUGGGAAGCGACGCAUUUCCAAAGCCCAGGGAUUUUAACCUUGUAAUAAAGUCUCUUGUUGCUCAGAAGGGAAUCCUCUGCUCGUCGUUUUCUACUGCGCAGGAUCAGAGUCACAGUGCCUCAUCCCCAAGUUCUCGCCUCAUCUCCAUCGUCGUCUCGUUGGCCGGCCUCAGGAUAAUGGUCAGACCAGGCAAAGCAAACAUCAAGAAGCGCCUUUCUCAUCUACUCUCGCCCACCAGCAACGUCUACAAAGGCACAGGCAACACUUUGAGUCAACAUGCUCUCAAAGUGCGACUCCUCCUCUGACUCGUCGUACGCUUCCUGUAUUAGAGUGAGAGAGUCAUUCCACCUCAGUCAUCCAUCUGUCUUACUCUGAGUAUCAGCAUUGACCUGAAAUGUAUGACAACAUAACUCGUAAAUCCUCUGAACUGCCUCCACAUAUGAAUACUAUAAGUAAAUAAGUAUAUUACUGAUUUUAAUUUGUAGAACCUGUACAUGUGUUGCUCUCUCGCAUGCUCCGUCUUCCAGUUGCACUGAACAUCAUUUUAAAACUUUCCUAUAGUGUUAUGAAGGAGGACGUUGGUUUGGACAAUAAGACUAUUUCCCACUUAGGCAACAAGUGUGUCCGUUCAUACAUCACCAAAGAGCAAAGCAUUAAACGCAGCAGUUCAUCAUCUGCUCUUCAUGGUGCGUUCGAACUGUUAAAAGUCUUUGUCUCUGUCUCACACCCCCUUUUUAAAUGUUUUCACUUUGUUUUGAGGUUUGCAGCAGUAAGAGCCUGCGAACAGAUGCGACGGGAGGAAGGUCACUCUGCGCGUGUGCAGCCAGGUGACUUUUGAAGUUCCCAAAUGUUAAACUGAAUGAAUUACAGUAUGGCGAGCACUGUACAAGCUGUUACCUCAUUUCUCAUUGUAGAGAAGAAUCUCAGGUGGUGAGAAUCAGGCGUAGUUUAAGGGAAAAGCAACUGCCAUGACCCUUUUACUGGAUGUGUUUCUUUGUGAUGUUUUUUUUUUUUUUAGCAGCUCGGUCUGUUUUUCUUUGAGUGAAAUUGGAUAGAUGAACAAUUUUGUCUAAAUCUUGAAUAGCAUCGUGCAAUCAGUAAAAACGGUAUCUGACCCCUUUGAAUGUAGCAAAGUGGCAAAGCUUGGUUUUGUUGUUCACAGGACAUUUGAGUUAAGAACAAAUCGUCUACUAAAUCGAUGCUACUGCUCCACAUCUGGGCUGUUCCCUGCUGAGGUGUCACUGAGUAAAAUGAGGUUGCUCUAAUACAAAAGGUCUUUGGGCCUGUGUUAUUUAACACAAUGACAACGAGCUGAAUUUCUGGUUUUGACCUGUAUCCAUAAUUUGACCUUGAACCCAAAUUUUUAUCUGACAAGAAAACCAGCUGAGGAAUGUUAAAAGGGGGAAAUCGGCUUCAGCAAGCCCUGGUUGUAGGUGAGUUUGUUUCACUCUCGGUUUUCAGUCACUGGUCGAUUUUUGAGUGUUCUAAAACCAUCAUCAGGUCUUUUACUUGCACUCGUUGACUCUUUGUCUCAUGGAAGUGACAUGUUUGUUUACUGAAUGUUUCUUGGUUUACAGUUUACAUCCAGGGUGAUGCACCAGUCCAGUGUCUGGUGUCUAUCUCUGCUCAUUGUUUACAUCAUUUCUGUUGUAAAUAUUGUCAUUGUCCAAUGAAAGCUUGUUACUCAUUAUUCUA